AUGGUUCGCCUCUUCAACCUGGCAAGCACCAAGUGUCCCAAUGCCAAGGUAGUAGCCGGCGGAUACAGUCAAGGGGCCGCGCUCACGGCUGCAUCUAUUCGAGACCUGGACGCCGGCGUUAGAGGUAAGAUUGUCGGCGCGGUGCUCUUCGGCUACACCAAGAAUAUGCAAAACAAGGGACAGAUCCCCAACUACCCCAGCGAUCGUCUCGAGGUCUUUUGCGCCGACGGCGACCUGGUUUGCACGGGAACGCUGAUAGUUACGCCUGCUCACCUUUCCUAUGGCGACGAGGCUGCUGAAGAGGCUCCGCACUUCCUCAUCGAGCGUAUUAGGGCCAGUAGAUGA